AUUGAAUUGUUUUUGGCUGACCCUCAUCAUGACUUCCUUGCGCUUUGUUAGAUCUGUCUGGGAGUCCUUUCGGGCCAAUUCGGGGCUGGAGCCUCGUCUAUUAGACGGUCUCCGCGUAACAGCGGCCAGACCCGGCAGAGUCAACUUCGAACUCGACAUCAAGAAAGAGCACACAAACCGUUUGCAAAUCCUCCAUGGCGGAACCAUCGCCAGCAUGGUUGACCUAGGCGGUUCCCUGGCCGUAGCCUCCCGCGGUCUCUUCGCCACGGGAGUAUCAACCGACCUCAACGUGACCUAUCUCAGCUCCGGCGGUAAGGUCGGAGACAAGAUUCUAGCGGAGGUCAAAUGUGAUAAAUUCGGCAAAACCCUGGCUUACACCUCGAUCAAAUUCCUCAAUGAGAAGGGUGAUGUCUUUGCGCGGGGCAGCCACACUAAGUUCGUCGCCCUUGCUUGGAAGGAUUCGCAGAAUAUCGUCGAGGAGAUGGCAAAGGAGGAGGAACGGCAGUCCUCAUCGAAGAGCGAGGCUUAAGUAGGUUCCCUAUCUUGAGCGCACCUGGGUGAAGGUGGUGAUCUGCGGAUCGGAUUGUCGGAGACACGACUCGUGCCUUUGUAGAACAAAAGGACGGCGAGACGAGGGUAAGAGACCGUAGCGCUGAGCUAUGUAUAGAUGUACUGUAUAUAUGUUAGGACCUCACGCUUCCAGCUGUCUGCAGAAUCUCUUCUCGAUCAUCAAGCCACGGUCUUACAGAGCGCAUAUAUACGGCGGGAAAGUUGAU